CAAAGAAAAAUCUCCAUUCCAUCUCUCGUAACACCAAAAUUUCACCAAUCAUAUAAUCAGACGGACCACAUCAAACGCCCUUUUCUGCGCAUACUCGACCCAUCUGGUCGACUCGCACUGGAUUUCUCCAGCGAGCAAAAGAGGGGAAGAAAUAGGGGAGCAGCAGCAGCUGAAAGAGUUUCACUGUCGCACCACAGAGGCGAAGACGACGACGAAACCAUGAAGAGCAGCAGAGACGAAGAAGGGAAGAAGGAGAUGAGCAGCGGAAGCUCCAGCCCAAAUCUCGAAUGGCGAUUCAACCAAACCCUCAGGAACGUCCAAGGGAUACUUAAAGGCCGCAGUUUUCCUGGUAAGGUUUUGCUAACACGCAGAUCUCAGCCAAUGAAUGAAUGUGCCUCUCCUGAACACUCUCAAGGCAUUGAAAGAAGAUACUCUGAAACUGAUCGUGAGCAAGGUGAACAUGCUGACAGGUCUUUUGAGGGAGAAGUUCAGAAUUCAGGCAGCACAACUAAUAAUACCACUCCUCAAAACUCUAGUACAUCACCAUCAAACAAUGCAAGUACAUCCCCAGAGCUCCAGAGAUCUGUUUCUGCGGCUAGAGCUACAGAUUCUGCAAGACUUACCAAAUUCAGAAAGGAAUUGUCUAGACCAGCUGUCAUAUUAGAGAAAUUACGCGAACUAUCUUGGAGUGGUGUACCGCCAUAUAUGCGGCCUGAUGUAUGGAGGCUACUGUUGGGAUAUGCGCCACCUAGUUCAGAUCGACGCGAGGGAGUUUUGACCAGGAAACGACUUGAGUAUGUCGAUUGUGUUUCUCAGUACUAUGACAUUCCAGACACAGAACGUUCGGAUGAUGAGAUCAGCAUGCUUCGCCAGAUUGCUGUUGAUUGCCCAAGAACUGUACCUGAUGUCCCUUUCUUCCAGCAUGAACAAAUUCAGAAGUCCUUGGAGCGCAUUCUCUACACAUGGGCUAUUCGUCAUCCAGCAAGCGGAUAUGUGCAGGGUAUAAAUGAUCUUGUCACACCAUUUCUGAUAGUGUUCUUGUCAGAACAUCUAGAUGGUGGCAUGGAGAGUUGGUCGAUUUCCGAACUUUCUCCUCAGAAAAUCUCUGAGGUUGAAGCUGACUGCUAUUGGUGUCUUUCAAAACUGCUUGAUGGUAUGCAAGAUCAUUAUACAUUUGCUCAACCAGGAAUUCAGCGCCUUGUUUUCAAACUGAAAGAGCUAGUACGGCGAAUAGAUGAACCUGUAUCAAGACGCAUGGAGGAGCAAGGGCUGGAAUUUCUUCAGUUUGCUUUUCGUUGGUUCAAUUGUCUUCUGAUACGUGAGAUCCCUUUCCAUCUGGUUACACGUCUAUGGGAUACUUAUCUUGCUGAAGGAGAUGCAUUGCCAGAGUUUCUUGUGUACAUAUCUGCUAGUUUUCUGUUAACAUGGUCCGAUAAACUCCAAAAGCUUGAUUUCCAGGAGAUGGUCAUGUUCCUCCAACACCUUCCCACAAAGUACUGGACCCACCACGAGCUUGAGAUGGUGUUGUCUAGAGCUUACAUGUGGCACACUAUGUUUAACAGCUCUCCAAGUCAUCUGGCCAGCUAGACCAGCAAUUUAUAUGCCGUAAUGCCGACAUUUUUCCCUUUUCUUUCUUUGUUUUCUUUUUUUAAUAUUUGUGGUUUCCUUGGAAGUGGGUUUGUUUCCAUAGAUCUGUAUUAACCUUUCCAGGGAAGGAAAUCUGAGGUUUUCUUUUGCAUCCUUGCCUGUAACUUAUGUCUGUAAUUUUUCAAUCUCCAACUUUUGUCUGUGUAAAAUCUUCAGAAGUUGAAUUUGAUAAAUUCACAAGCCAGAGAGCAAACACGCCUAGCAUUAUACU